AUGAGCUUUGCAAAUACAACGAGGAGAUGCAUUCGGAACUUCACAGUCACGGCCACGCGAUAUGAAGCUUCGAAGCCCAAAACUUUAAAGCUCAACAAGCAUUCUGCUGUUGUAACCGAAGACCCAUCACAAGGAGCUUCUCAAGCGAUGCUUUAUGCCACGGGUUUUAAUGACGAGGAUUUUAGUAGGGCCCAAAUUGGAGUUGGGUCGGUUUGGUGGACAGGUAAUCCAUGCAAUAUCCAUUUAAUGGACUUGAAUAAUAUGUGUUCGGAAUCAGUCAAUAAAGCAGGACUCAAGGCAAUGCAAUUCAACUCUAUUGGAGUUAGUGACGGUAUAACUAAUGGUACGGAAGGGAUGAAGUACUCAUUGCAAUCAAGAGAAAUCAUUGCCGAUUCUUUUGAAACAAUGACCAUGGCUCAGUUGUACGAUGGUAACAUUGCUAUUCCAAGUUGCGAUAAGAAUAUGCCUGGUGUCUUGAUGGCUAUGGGUAGACACAAUAGACCAGCAAUCAUGGUUUACGGUGGUACUAUUUUACCAGGCUCCCCUACUUGUGGUGGCUCCAAAACCAAUCCAGCAAUUGCUGACAAGAUCGAUAUCAUUAGUGCUUUCCAAAGCUAUGGUCAAUACUUAUCAAAACAAAUCAAUGAAGAAGAAAGAAUCGAUAUUGUGAAACAUGCCUGUCCCGGACCCGGUGCUUGCGGUGGUAUGUAUACCGCCAAUACCAUGGCCUCUGCUGCCGAAGUAUUAGGGUUAACCUUACCAUAUUCAUCUUCAGCCCCAGCUGUAUCUAAAGAGAAGGCAGCCGAAUGUGCUUCCAUUGGUGAUGCAAUCAAAAACCUUUUAGAAUUGGAUUUGAAACCAAGGGAUAUUUUGACCAAGAAAUCAUUUGAAAAUGCCAUUGUUUACAUCAUUGCCACUGGUGGUUCAACAAAUGCGGUGUUGCACUUGAUAGCCAUUGCCUCAUCUUUUGAUAUCGAAUUAACAGUUGACGAUUUCCAAAGAUUAAGUGAUUCGACACCAUUAUUAGCUGAUUUUAAACCCUCUGGUAAAUACGUUAUGGCAGAUUUACAAAACAUCGGUGGUACUCCAGCCGUUAUGAAGUUUUUAUUAGAAAAGGGCAUGAUUGAUGGUUCUCAAUUAACUGUUACUGGUAAGACUAUUGCCGAAAACUUGGCCAAUGUUUCUGGUUUGCCCGAGGGACAACAAAUUAUUCACACUUUAGAGAACCCAUUAAAACCAACUGGCCAUUUACAAAUCUUAAAGGGAACAUUAGCUCCAGGAUCAGCGGUUGCCAAAAUUACCGGUAAAGAAGGAACUUAUUUCAAAGGUAAAGCUAGAGUAUUUGAUGAAGAACAUGCUUUCAUCACUGCUUUAGAGAAUGGUGAAAUCAAAAAAGGAGAAAAAACUGUUUGUGUAAUUAGAUACGAAGGACCAAAAGGUGGACCUGGUAUGCCCGAAAUGUUGAAACCUUCAAGUGCCUUGAUGGGCUAUGGUUUAGGUAAAGAUGUUGCAUUAUUAACUGAUGGCCGUUUUUCUGGGGGCUCGCAUGGGUUUUUGAUUGGCCACAUAGUUCCUGAAGCUGCUGAAGGAGGACCUAUUGCCCUAGUUGAGAAUGGUGAUGAAAUCGUUAUUGAUGCAGAUAAUAAUAUCAUUGAUUUGUUAGUAAGUGAAGAAGAAUUAGCUAAGAGGAAGGAGAAAUGGUCACCACCGGAACCAAGAUAUAAAAGGGGUACGCUAUUCAAGUAUGCCAAGUUAGUAAGUGAUGCAUCUAAAGGAUGCGUUACUGAUUUGUGA